AUGGCACAACUCUUCUCUCCUAGAACCAUACUCCUCUGCGUACUAUUCCUCUUCUCGACGAACGUGCUCGCCGUAUCUGCUGUGCUCGGUGUCGACCUUGGUACCGAGUACAUCAAAGCCGCCCUCGUCAAGCCCGGCAUUCCUCUCGAGAUCGUCCUAACGAAAGACUCACGAAGAAAAGAGACCUCCGCUGUCGCCUUCAAGCCUUCGCAAAAUGGCCCCAAGAGCGGCGCCUACCCCGAGAGGGCCUACGGCUCGGACGCCAUGGCUAUCGCACCCCGAUUUCCCGGCGACGUAUACCCCAACCUGAAGACCCUCCUCGGCCUCCCUACAGACGACUCGAUAGUUCAAGAGUAUGCUGCGAGGCACCCGGCCCUACAACUGGAGACGCACAAGACCCGCGGCACCGCUGCGUUCAAGAGCAAGGCCACUGCACAAGAAGAAGCAUGGAUGGUCGAGGAAUUACUGGCUAUGGAGCUCCAGAGCAUCCAGCGCAACGCGGAAGCUCUAGCUGGCUCCGACUCCUCCGUGCGAUCCAUUGUCAUCACCGUACCACCCUUCUACACCACCGAGGAAAAGCGCGCUGUGGAACUGGCUUGCGAGCUCGUGGGUCUCAAGGUGCUGUCCAUGAUCAGCGACGGCUUGGCCGUUGGACUCAACUACGCCACCAGUCGAACCUUUCCCACCGUCAGCGAGGGAGGCGCGCCGGAAUACAGCAUGGUGUUUGACAUGGGUGCUGGUUCCACCAAGGCGACUAUCAUGAAAUUCCAGGGCCGCACUGUUAAGGACAUCGGCAAGUUCAACAAGACCAUUCAGGAGGUGCAGGUCAUGGGCAGCGGCUGGGACCGAACCCUUGGCGGCGAUGCCUUCAACUACUUGAUUGUGGAUGACAUGAUCUCCAAGUUUGUGGAGACUUCAGCUGCCAAAAAGGCCUCCGUCACGGCAGAAGCCGUAAAGGGGCACGGCCGCGCCGUGGCGAAACUCCUCAAAGAAGCCGAAAGAGUGCGACACGUCCUCAGUGCCAACACUGACACCGGUGCCAGCUUCGAAGGCUUGUACGAUGGUGUCGAUUUCCGAUACAAGAUUUCCAGAGCCGAGUUCGAGAAGAUGGCCGAGGCCCACGCCGAAAGGGUCACUGCAGUCGUUAAGAAGGUCCUGGAUGUGGCAGAGCUUGACAUCAAGCAGCUCGAAUCCAUCAUCCUUCACGGUGGUGCUUCUCGGACACCUUUUGUCCAGAAGCAGCUUGAGAAGAUUGCGAGCAGCGACAAGCUUCGCAGCAACGUCAACUCAGACGAGGCCGCAGUGUUCGGCGCUGCUUUCAGAGGUGCAGAGCUCAGUCCCAGUUUCCGUGUCAAGGAAAUCAGAGUCUUGGAUGGCGCUGCUUACCCAGCAGGCAUGAAGUGGACAAACCCCCAAAACAAGCCUCAACAACAGCGGCUUUGGACCGAGCGAUCUCUUCUCGGUGCCGCCCCGAAGGAAGUCACUUUCACGAAUCAUGAGGACUUCUCGGUCUGCUUUUACCAGCAGAUACCCUCAACUGACGGCUCGGUCGACAAGGAGACCAAGGUCAUGACUACGAAGAAUCUGACAGCUUCUGUCGCCUCGCUCGUGGAGAAACGCGGCUGCUCCGACUCGGAUGUUCAAUUCAAGGUUCAGCUACGAUUGAGCCCCGACAAUGGCGAGGUCAAUGUUGCCAAGGCCUUCGUCGAGUGCGAGGCCGACGCGGAGAAAGAAGGCUUGUUGGAUGGCGUGAAAAAUCUCCUUGGAUUUGGAAAGAACAAGGAUCAGCAACCUUUGCAAGAUGGAGAGGAGCCCACCGAGAGUGUUGACAGCGAGACGGCCUCGACCACCGAAUUUACCGACACAGCCACGACAUCUUAUAUGGAGUCUAGCUCUGCCUCGACCACGGCCACUACGUCAACCACCGAAGACGCCGAAAGCAGUCCGGUGCCGAAGAAGCAAAUUGUUAGCAUCCCGGUUGACCUUUCCAUCGAAAAUGUCGGUCUUCCUGGUCUACCAAAGGCAGACCUUACGAAAGCGAAGGAUCGCAUCAAGGCUUUUGAGGCGUCUGACAAAUCCCGUCGGGCGAGAGAGGAAGUUCUCAAUCAAUUGGAGGCCUUCACUUACAAGGUCCGGGACUUGCUAGACACCCAAUCCUUCGUCUCGCUCUCGACUUCAGCGGAGCGGGCAAAGCUGGAACAGAAGGCUAGCGAUGCCAGCGACUGGCUCUACGACGAAGGUGCGAACGCGCCACGUGAUGAACUCAAGUCUCGGCUCAAAGAGCUCAAGGACCUUGUUGCGCCCGUUGAGAAGAGGAUCGAGGAAGCAGCAAAGAGACCGGAGCUCGUCAAGGCAUUAAAAGAUUCUCUUGCCCAGACCGAAACAUUCAUUGACACCAUCAAAAACAAGAUCUCGGAGGCAGAAGCAUACGUGUCUUCAGCGAGUGCCAGCACAACGUCGACCACUGAAGCAAGCUCAAGUGUUACCGACGCACCAUCACAAGGCUCGGACGACUUUGACGGGCUCGAGGAUGAGGAGGCCACGAAGUCAACCACCACAACAGCCGCGGAGGACCGUGGACCGGUCCCACCAUUGUAUACUCUAGAGGAUCUUACAGAGGUGACGGAGCUCUCGAGCUCCAUCUUCGUUUGGCUCGAAGAGAAGGUCGCCGAACAAGACAAGCUUCCCGAGACUGCCGACCCAGUGCUCCUCACCAAGGACCUCAUAGAGAAGACGAAGAAGCUCGAGAAGGCUGGGUUGGACCUGGCCAUGAAGAGCGUCAAAAACUUUGAGGGCAAGGGUAAGAAGAAUACGAGCAGUGCGAAAAAGUCAGCCAAGACCAAGUCCAAGGGUUCGAGCAAAACGACUAGUGGUGGCUCGCAGCCGACAAUAGACCUCAAAAACUUUGGGAAGGAUGGCAAGAUGCCGACGACGGAGGAGCUUGAGGAAAUGAUCAAGAAUAUGGGCAAGGAACAACGGGAUAAAGAUGAGGCGAAGACGAAGCACGACGAACUGUAA